UUCAGAAGUGUCUCUUUUCUCAGGGAAUCAUCCCAGUUUCUCUGAAUAGAACCUCAUUCAUUAUGUUUGACACUGUCCAGCCAUCUCUUUCCCCGUUUUACCCUUAUGUACAAUUGCAGUUGAGACUUGAAGGAAAUAGUGAUACACCCAAUUCUUCAUCCAUUUGGAUGCAUUUUUUUCCUCGUUAUAUGUUCUGAUAUGAGGUGAAUACUGCAUUGGGCUGACUGUUGGUGACUGCCUUUGCUAGAGGAAUUAGUCACUUCUUCUCCUUUCAAAAAAGGCAAUUGACAUUUCCUUAUGUGAUUGGUCACUAUUUGUUUGGGUACCCUCUUCUGCUCUACAUUCUUUGAGACUACGCCUGAGCUUUGUUAUAAUCUGGUAAAUAAUAGUAUAUUUAAAUUGCUUCAAGAGAAAUACCAUCUAUGCAGAAUCAUCCAUAUUGGAGCAGAAUUAAUUGUCCUCUGCUGGAGUGUAAAAUGGCAGCAGGAGCCACCUUAAACUGGGUUAAAACUCCAUUUGACUCCCGGAGAUUUCAUGAUCUAUCUAGUUUAAGUUUUCGAUGCCGUAACCCUUUUGGACCAAUUCAGCGCUGCUGGUUGCCAACUGAUCAGGACUCAUCCCUAACCAAGGUUCGCGUGGCUGCUGAUUAUUCAGACUCAGUGCCAGAUUCAAAGUACACGAGAGAUCGGGGUUAUCACCCUCUUGAAGAAGUUAAAGAGCGUUCAAGGAAAAAGGACCUGCUACUGACAGAUGUUGAAACAGCUAGAACAGUAGUAGAGGGCAAUAGCAAGGGCUUGCUUGUAUUUCCUGCAAGGGUACACAAUGAACCUCAUGGAAAUGUUGCCUGGUCAGAGUUUCAAUAUGUUAUUGAUGACUACGGAGACAUAUUCUUUGAAGUACCUGACAGCGAGAACCUCUUAGAAGAUGAUACUGCGAACAAUCCUGUGACAGUUUUAAUUGGAAUGGACGGACCCAUUAUUGGAGAAAGUAGUGUGGCGAUUAGUGAUUUUAGUGAUUACAUGGAUGGUGAAAAAUUUAUGGACGUUCCUGAUGAGCACUACAGCAAGAUUGAUACAGAAAUAACUGAUAUUCUUAUAGAAUGGGGGAUGCCAGCAACAAUGCGUGCAAUACAUCCGAUUUACUUUGCCAAAUGUUUGACAAAGGCUGUUCAUGACAAUCGUGGGGAGAAGAUGGAUAGUCCAUCAAAUAGUGUCUCUAUUGUUGGAUAUCUGAGACCUGCUUUUAUAGAGGAAGAAUCUUACUUGAGGAGCUUGUUUCAUGCCGAAUCCAACAGUGAUGGAUAUUCAUCUGACUGGAAAGUGAAUGAAACAGAUGGAUACAACACAGAAACUCGGCCAAUUUCUGGAACUAAUCACCUAGUUGAUGAUGAUAAGUCAAGAUUUGACUUCAAUGAUACCGGAACUAGCACCGGUUCGAUGAUCUACAAGCUGGAGAUAAUGACAAUUGAACUGUUCUCCAUGUAUGGCAAGCAGUUGAUGAUCGAUCCACAAGAUUUUCAAGAUUCAGAACCAGAUAUUCUUGCAAACUCUGCUUCAGCAAUUAUAGAACGGAUCAAAGAAAACAGUGAUCAGUGUGCAGUGGCUCUCAGGUCACUCUGUCGCAGGAAAAAGAGCCUUACUGUCGAGGAGGCAAGUUUGAUUGGCGUUGACAGUCUUGGUAUUGAUGUAAGAGCCUUUUCUGGCUUGGAAGCUAGGACUGUUCGAUUUUCGUUCAAUGCGCAGGCGCUCUCUGAACGUUCAGCUGAAAAAAAGAUCAGGCGAAUGCUUUUCCCACGUUAUCAGCGUAAAAGCGUGAAAACCUCCACUGAAGAUGAGUCUCAACCUAUCAGCUGACUUUUCUCUAGAAAGCACCUAAACGCCCGGUCCAAGUACAAGGGCGUCAAGGGAAUCAACAAAAGAUCUUUUAUCUGAUCUUAUUAUGCGCGUUUGCUAGGAGAUAGCGCACAACCUGUCGACUCUGAGAAUGACCUGAAGCAUCAGGGUUCCUGAUUGAGGUUUUGACUUCACUGGUGAAGGAAGGUUGGCCAUGUACGGUCUCUAACAUGCCUCCGAGUCCAAGGAUAAAGUUUGGUUUCUGACAAAUAAGAGAACAAAUAAGGUGCCAGCUCUUGUAAAAGAUGCACUGCAAUCUGAUGCUGGCGGAAAUCUGCAACUGAGUAGCUGGCCAAGCUUUGUCAGCAAUAAAUUCCAGUAAUAACGAGCCGCAAGGAGAGCGGGCAGAGUAAUAAGGUCUCCUUGGCCUGAAACAGUUCUUAUCCUUUCUUUUUUAAAAAGAAGAAGAAGAAGAAGAAGAAGAAGAAGAAGAAGAAGAAGAAGAAGAAGAAGAAGAAGAAGAAGAAGAAGAAGAAGAAGAUAGUAUCCUGUACUCGAAUCAGUUCUUGAUACCCCAACCUGUAACUAACUUCUUGUCGUCUCUUUCAUGUCUGAAUAAAUGUAACGCAACUGUGAUUAUGUGUCGUUUGUUCACCUACAGAAACGAAUAUAGAAUGAUAAAGUUUCGAGAGCCUUUUCUUGGUUGAA